AUGUCCAACUCAAGUUCCGAGGUGUCUACCACCAUUGCCGAGCUGGCGAUUGCCAUACCACCCCCGACAGCAGAUGAACGGUACCUGCAGUCGCUCAUCUAUGGUCUGAUUAUUAGCACAGGAAUACUUUCCAUGGUUGUCUGCAGCUUAAGACUUUAUACAAGAGCAUUCAUCGUCAAUGUGUUUGGAGUGGACGAUAUCGCCGUCUGCAUCGCAUUGGUAUUCACGCAAACGUUUAACGGGGUGGGAAUCGCAAUCGUAUAUUAUGGAGAAGGCCUGCAUUUCACCAGUGUAUCUCCUGAAAGUCGAGAAAUGUGGCUCAAGGUAGCAUUGACACAGUUGCUCCUUGCCGAAUAUAUCGCUGACCUAGGGAUAGCUCUAUUACGUCGCGAUGUGCCUGUACCUCUACACCUCGUUAGCAGUGAAGAUCAGCUUGCUGGUAUUUUUACGACGGAUCUUCGUGAAACUGCUUCUUAUGACCUAUCUGUCAAAAAUCCGACAUGUUUUACCCAAUACAAACUGUUCCAGAUCACACUAUACCAGGCGGUUCUUAUCUUCGUGUGUGAUGUCAUCAUCCUGCUAGCCCCAAUGGCUAUUCUAUGCAGACUACAGAUGCCUACGCGAAAGAUCAUUGCUUUGGUGGCAAUUUUUGGAUCGGGUAUAAUCGCAUGCAUUUCUCCAGUCGUUCGCUUCAGUACGUUGGAUUAUCUCCGCAAUGGCACUACAGACCUUACCUAUGAUUCGGCAUCAUCCUUGUACUGGAUGGCCAUUGAGUUCAAUUUGGGCCUUGUCGCAGGCUCUCUGUCCUCACUCCGACCAUUGCCUCUCUUUUGUCGAUUCGGCUCAAGCACAAAUGCCGGAGACAAGGCAUCAAACAGCGAUGAAUCGCAUGAGCUUCGCAAUGUGAAAGGGAAUGAGCCCGCAGCUGCCAAGAAAAACAGGAUCAGUUUCGGAAUGGGGACGACAAUUUUGCAGGAUAGUGUUAAUGAGAGCCAAGAGCGCAUUAUCCAUGCGAAGGGAGACUACAACGUGAAGACACAUGUGAUGAGCUGUUAA